AUGGCAGCUGGGAGGGACAUGGAAAGGGGAGCGGGCAGCCCGAGGCAUAACCCGGCCUUAGACCGCGUUCUAUGUAAGGAGAGCUUUGGUGUAUGGCUGACAGGUGUUUACCCCGUGGGACAGCUUGGCGAAGAAAGCCUCUGGAGGACGGCAGCAGGAUGGUGGGCCUACAUCUCCUCCCAUAUUCAGCCUCUCCAACAGCAGGUGCGCUCGCAUCUCCCUGGAGGGGACUGGAAGACUCGGAGGCCAGCAGGGGACGAGUUAGGAGAAGUGCUGAGCGAAACCCUGACCCUGCCAGAAAAGCUACGUAAGCCAGAAGAGCUUUAUCUCCUGCGCUGGAGCCUAAAGGAUGUCGCCGAGCGUGCUUUUCAGGAAGCCUUGAAGCAGGCGAAGCUCCCAGGCUUUACCGGAUGGGCUGUUCAAGAGAUAAUCAAUCAAGUCUUGGAGAAGCUGGAAGAAAAGCAAGUCCCCAUGCCAGAUUAUGCCUCAAAAUUUCCAGGGGCUGCUGUCGUUCAUUCAAGGACUUCUCCAUCCUUCCGCAAUAGGAAAGGAAAAGUCUUUUUGUAUUCCCUGCCGGUGCUGGAUUACCUGCGAUCUCCUGACGUUAUCCUUGAGCCGGAAAAUCAUCCAGGAAACUGCUGGCCCUUGGCAGGAAGUCAGGGACACGUGCUCAUCAGGCUGUCUGUGCCAAUCGUUCCCAGAGCAGUCACCGUGGACCAUGUCUCAGGGACAAUGUUCCAUAGAGACAGCAUCUCCAGAGCGCCAAAGGACUUUGCUGUCUACGGCCUCAAGGAAGAACAGGAGGAGCAGGGAACGUUCCUGGGACGGUUCACUUUCCUGGCGAUGCUGAAUCCCACUCAGACCUUCCAGCUGAAGAACGAGCUCUCUGGGUUCGUGAAUUACAUAAAGCUGCAAGUGCUGAGCAACUGGGGCCACCCGGACUACACCUGCCUGUAUCGAUUCAGGGUGCACGGCGAUCCUCCCGAAGACGGGGGAAAGGGGUCCCUGUCAUCUGGCAAUAAAGGCCCUUAA